AUGAAGCGAUUUGCACACGUGGAGAAGCUCGACGCACUCGACCCUCUCCGCCAUCUGCGCAACAACGACGUGGACGUGGACAUCGUCCCGGCGCAGCCGCCAUCCAUCAUCAAUCAGACUACCCAGCUUGUCUUUCCCACUUCCCGGCUUGACUUGAAGAACUCUCAUCAUGCGGAAGCGGACAUGCGCACACCAGAGGAUAUCGUGAUCAACCUUUCAGUGGACGCGUCGCCGGGAUGUGGUGGGAUCGCGUGGCCAGCUGGGGAGGUCCUUUCCCGCUACCUCGCACGACGCGGCUCAUUACGCGGACGCGUCGCUCUCGAGCUCGGAAGCGGCACCGGUCUCGUAGGGCUCGUUGCGGGUAUUCUCGGUGCAGACGUCUGGAUCACCGACCAAGCUCCACUCCUGCCUAUCAUGACCAGCAACGUUGCGCUCAACGGCUUAUCCUCGCGCGUGCGCAUCGCAGAGCUCAACUGGGGUACACCGCUCCCCGCAGACUUGCCGGCGCCAGACCUCGUCCUCGCGGCGGACUGCGUGUACUUCGAGCCGGCAUUCCCACUGCUCGUAGGCACGCUUGCGGAGCUGGUGCCGAAGGAAGGGAAGGACGUAGAGGUGCUGUUUUGCUAUAAGAAGCGAAGGAAGGCAGACAAACGGUUCUUCACGCUCUUGAAGAAAGAGUUUACCUGGACGGAAGUCACGGACGACCCCGACCAUGCAGUCUACUCACGCGAGGCAAUCUCGCUCCUCCGGUUGACGCGGAGACGGUAGCAGUGCGCCGGGUCCUGUCCGCAGCCUUUUCGUCUUAGCUCAUAUGAGCCGUCACAAAUUGGCGCAUGAGAUCUGUGAGAUCGAGCGCUGUCAGGAUGUGGUGAUGAUUCUGGUGCGUACGUAUCUGGUCAUAAUCGAUGCCGAGAUUGACUAGCCACGUUUUCCUCGGGAGAAUUAGUGGCUGGUAUUGAGCGGGAACGUCUCGCGAGGAUUACAUAUACUGAUUUGUCCAUGCACGUCCGACGAUAUAUGAUAGCGAAUUCGUGGCUAGCUUCCCGCUCCCGAUCCGUCUUUCAGUUCAUUGGGUCUUUGAUCCGCAAAUCCUUGGCCGACAGCCCAUAUACAGUACAUAACACCCAACAGCGAAUCACCACGUCAGAUCACAUUCAAACGGUCUGAUCGCACACCAAUACGGCUGCAGCGGGAUCGA